AUGACAGUGCCUCGGACCAAAAAGCGUACGACCACUGUGUUCUCUCGCGAUGAAAUUGGUGUCGAGCAACUGCAGUCACUUAAAGAAAAAUUUGCUGAUGGUGAUUUGACCGAAAAGGAAUUUGUCAGUCUCUUUCGCGAGAUCGUAGAUGCUUCGCUUAGCGAGACUCAACUCACAGAACUAUUUCAAAAAAUUGAUGCAAAUUCGGAUGGGACGGUAGAUUGGGAUGAGCUUACUAAUUACAUGUUUCUUUCUGGUAGCGGCAGUGAUGAAUACAGAGGAGACGAUGGGUGCUUUUACUGCGAGACAGCUCACCCUAAAUCUUUUAAAGGUGAACAUGGAAGCAGCCUUGGGAGCAUAAGUUCCUCCUCUGCGACGGAGAUAAUGGGUAACAUGACUGGAAAAAGUGGUGGAGCACUCACCUUGGGUUUGUUGCCGCAUCACAAGGAUAGCGUCACUCGUAUCGUACGCUUAGAACGACCAAAUGUCUAUCUUACCACUAGUAAAGAUGGUAGUGUUCGAACAUGGAGUGCGAAUUCAUUACUUCCACAGCAAGUCUUGGCGUCUGGGCGGGGCUGGCUUACAGAUUGUUGCGUCAUGAAGCGCUCAAAGCGUCUCGCCGUCGCAUCCAUGAAUCGUACCCUAGGCUUUUAUGACUUGAACUCUGGUCAACAUAUCGGGGAUUUGGUGGACUAUUCACAGCGACAGUGUAUUCCGUUGUGUCUUGCGUACGUUGAAAAACCUUCCGAUGAUCGUGAAGCCAUUGUGGUUGGAGACGAUACAGGUGGCAUUUCGAUUCUUACAUGCUCCGAACAAUGGCUAUCGUGCGAUGGUCGUUCCUUCCCUACUGUCCAUGUAUCGAGUUCAAGCCACAAUAGUCGCAACGGAAGAACCGGUGUAUCUCCUGGUUCUCCUAGCUUAUCCUGCCCUCUUGGAACUCCUUCAGGACCUUUGUCUACACCAGGUGUUGUAAGUGCAGAUCAGACAUCCUCCACAAUGUCCGCUAGUGCUCCAACUAUGAUUAGUACUGGAGGUUCUAGACCGGCAGGUAGUGCAAUGCUUGAAACUCAGGGUUUUUCGUCACGUGUCAAGCUUCAAAAACACACGGAUUGGGUCACUCGUGUGAAGUGGGUAAACGACAUGCGGGCCAUUGUGGCAACGUCGCUGGACAAGACUGUGUCGAUUCUAGAUGUCGAUCGACUCGUGGUUAAGUUUGAAUAUACUCGACAUCGUAAGGGUGUUUUUGACUUGACCUGGUGUGCAAGCACGCGGCUGAUUGCUAGUUGUGGCAUGGAACGGGAUAUCCAUGUUUGGAAUCCGUAUAGCUCUCAACGAGCUGUGGCGACACUUAAAGGCCAUACAAGCUCCGUAUUGCAUCUCGUGAGUGAUGACGAAAAGUUUCAGAUCGUGUCUGCUGCUGCAGAUAACACAAUCAAAGUCUGGGAUGUGCGAAAUCAUCGCUGUCUCCAGACAUUUGUCGCUAGAGGCGGAGAUGCGAUGAGUGGUGCUGAAGCUGCAGCCACAACCAUGUCACAAUAUAGCAGAUUUGGAAGUGAAGUUAGCAUUAGCAGCGAGAAUCAAGUAUCAGCGUUGCUUUUCGACGGAAAGAAGUCGUGCCUUCUCACUGGCACAACGCAGCUCACUCGGUGGACAGUAAAAGGUAGUGAAGCAGACACACAAGAAAUGGAAGAUUUGGACAAAAGUCUUGAUGCCUCUUUUUCUUUUGCCACGAAAAGCCGAUUACGUGUAGGUGCAUUAGUUGAGCGCCCUGUGCGACUGGCAUGCUACAAUACUGUGUUUCAUCAGGUAGUGACGGCCACGUUGGAUGCAGAUUCUGUGAUCAAGACGUGGAGUGCAGAGACCGGCGAAGAGAUUUCUAGCUUUGCCCACGCUCAUGGUUCUGAUCCCGUCACGAGCAUGGCGUUCGAUCACGCAGGGCGACGGCUUUUGACGGGUUCACACAACGGUGAGUAUCUUAAGAUGUGGAAUUUUAGCAAUGGCGCUCUCGUCAAGCAAUUCAAUAAAAAAGCACCUCCAGUCAUGAAAUCACUUUUGAAUACGACUACACCGGCAACAGCUGGAACUUUGGCAAGCACGGCACCGCCACCAGAUGAUUUGGCUGGAGGUGUAAGUGAACCUGCUGCUACCGUUAGUCUUCCUCGGAAGCGCAAGCCUCGAGAUAUUUUGCUGCUACCGGCAUCUUUUGGAAUGGAUCUCGAAGGCAGGCGUGGUAAUGCAGCCCUGAUGGCACAGUCUGAAUUGCCAUCUCCGACGCGCAUGCGACUGGAGUGUGGGCAAGAUCAUCCGACGCCUGUCCCCCCUUCUAAACCGAGGCUUUGGUCGCACUUUGGUAGAUCCAAUGAUAAUUCACACAAAUGUGCUCAACGCUUGAGCACAGCAAAUCCAGGUGACCGAAAGCUGCGAUUGACUCGAGUUUCUACUCCGCAAUACCGACAGCACGAAGUCACAAAUAUCAUAGAUAUCGAACGUAACUUACGCGUAGGUAUGGGAAACUAUACAUGCCAACGCUUUGUGUGCUGUGUUGGCUGGGACCGUCAGCUAUUCGUCUGGGCUGAUAAAAGUGGUGAGUCUGAGGCACUGCCCUUACAUCAGAUUCCAUCCGAUGGUGACGCUGAGAACGAAAAUGAAUUCAACGAGGUAGACAGACACCGCAGACGACAUCACAAACGCCUGCAUCAUGUUAUGGACGUACUCGCGCUAGCUUACGUGCCCCCAGCUUAUGUCGCAACAGCUGGACUAGACGGCUUGGUGCUGUUGUGGUCUUUGAACUCUGGUGAGUUAGUAGCACCGCUUCAUCAAAAUGCAGGCCCUAUUGAGGUUAUUUUGUACGCCGAUAAGCUUCAAAUUCUCUUCGUUGCUGGAGAGCGAGGCAUCUUGUUUUGCUUCGAUCGGUCUAUGGCAACACAAGGUGAGAUUUUGCUGAAAGCAUCAUCUCAAAUAACAGAGUCUACAAAACAAACUGAAAAUUGCGAGCCGAUUACCGUUCUACGGUGCGAUAAAGCCAAUACGCAUCUGGUCUCUGGUGAUGCUGCAGGGUGUAUCAAAAUAUGGGAGCUUCGCAUUGCACAAAAUCACGAAGGAAUAGAACUUGCAUUGGUUUGCACGUGGCGUCUUGGUAAUGCCUUAACCGGAGCAGCUACUCCGUUAAAUCGUCGCGUACUUUGUGCGGACAUCGUUGACUACUCCACUCGCGUGGAUGAACUAUUUGUGCUCUUUUCGUGUGCUGAUGGAGAGGUGAGUCUUUGGACUCUAGACGGUGUCAAAGUUGGUAGCUUUGGUGGACGCCAUCGUACGUGGCAACUUGGACGACCAGCAACCUACGCGUUUCCUGAAUCACGUUGCGACUGGGAAUGGUUGCCUAAACGACGAAGGUCGGAUGUACCAGUCGAUAGAUCGACUAUAAACCACGAAGAAGUAGAAACGCCAGGUUAUCUGAACAACUACAAAGAAUUUGUUAAAGAGAAAGCACUUAAUGAUGCGCUUCAGCCUCCAACAUCCGUUUUUAUAAAAAACUGCGCUAUUAGAGCUCUUAACGGCUCGUGUUUGGAACCCCGUGAAACUUUCUUGCUUGAAGAAACGAUGCCAAAGUCUGGUGAAGUCUGGAUGUGUGUGUCUAGUUACCGCCCACGAGCUACCGCACCAAAUGCAUCUGAAAAGCACGAAAAGCAUGUUAUUGAGAUUGGCGAUGGAACAAUGCAGAGAAGGCAAAGAAAUUUGACACUUUCGACCGUGAGCAAUGCCGCCAUCAUGAGUCGACGCAGUAGUCCACUGGGUUCUAGCAAUAAUGUUGGUGAGCCACAAGCACUGUCGAACACAUCGUACCUUCAUCAUAAACUUGCAGAUGUUCAUGGAGAGAUUACGGAUCUCAUUACAGUCGUUAAGGUUACUCGUGGCGAGAUUUUCUAUUGGGAUAGCGCAGCAGACAAGCCGCUGAGUGUAUUAAAGGCUCUGGAAAUUAGCAACUUUGUGCGGAAAGGUGAAUGGACAAGGCAUUCUCUAUUCUCACACUUUAUAGGACGCACCUUCUUGGAAGACAGUAGUUGCUUCCGAGUGACAGCUGUAGCUAUGCGAUCUUCUGAUCCGAUAAGACCCGAAGCAAAAAUGUUUAUGCUUAUUGAUUCUGAUGGGAAGGAGCGCAAGAUUCAGCCACUCAAUGAAGCUGUUUCUUCAGUUCGACUCAAGAUAUAUGAGUCUUCUCAAAAUGAACGAGCUCAGCGUGCAUCAAAUCAGACUCGAAAUGUCGUAGACAGAUCAAAAUUUUCUGAAAGCAGUACACCCGAAGUUGCUAGCAUUUCUGGUACUGGCGCUCGUACACUUCCAUUUGUCCAACCACGCGAAAAGCGAUUAAUGGGCGGUCUUUUACCAAAGCGGUCAUCUGCUCGAAACCGCUUGGACCCGACAGCAGACAUCCGUCGUAUCCACAAUCCCGACAAUAUUCCAAAGGGUUUUCAUGCUAUGCUGCAUAGAAAGUCUGAAAAAACAAGGGGCAACUUUGAAGGAAUUCUGCCUGCUAGCUAA